AUGUACGAGGCCUCGGCGCGCGCACGCGUCGGGGACGUGCCGUAUUUUGGCGGCCUCGCGCCGGCGGAGCUCGAAUUCCUAGUCACUGCCAAGGACGAGGACGGCCGCACGCUGCUGCACACGGCAGCCGCCAACGGCCAUUUGCAGCUGCUGCAGCUGCUCGCCAACGCGGGCGCCGGCAAGGUCGCUAACAAGCAGGACGACGAGGGCUGGGCGCCCCUGCACUCUGCGGCCAGCGCCGGCUACGAGGCCAUCGUCGCCGCGCUGCUGUCGCUGGGCGCGACGGCAGACGCGGUCAACAGCAGCGGCCAGACGGCACUCCAUUACGCGGUGCGCCCGCCCGCCCCGCGCGACGCCCUCCAGGGCCCCGCGAGCAAGGGCCACACAGGCAUCGUGCGGCUGCUGCUCUCCGCCGGCAGCAAGGUCGACCCCAGGGACGGCACCGGCUCCACGCCGCUGCACCGCGCGGCAGCUACCGGCCGGCUCGAGGCGGCGCGCGUGCUGGUGGAGGAGGGCCGCGCGCGCAUCGACGCGCACGACAAGGCCGGCGCGACGCCGCUGCUGGUGGCGGUCGCGUGCCAGCAGGCCAACGCGGCGGUGUACCUGGCGUCGCGCGGCGCGUCCCUGGCGGCGGCGAACAAGAACGGGGAGACGCCGCUAGCGCUGGCGGGGGCGCUCGCGCCCGCGCUGCAGCAGGCCGCGGGCGGCGGCGGCGGCGCGGACAUGGAGAUGUGA